UCUAAUUUCAGCUGUUCAGGACACCAGGGUUUCUUGAUUUUUUUGGGUGUCGCAUUACCAACCGUUACCCGAACUUUUUGGCUUUAAUCGUUGCUUGCCUUGGAGUGGAAAGUUCCCAACCGAAACCGCCCCUCCUACUACCAAGAUCUAUGAUAGCAAACAUGUACAAAUUGACAAGAGUCAACUAAGAGUCCUUCACACUCUCCAGGAUCCCGCGCAGCUGAAAAUGACCACCGGCGUGGAACGACUAUUCGACCAACUUGGACACUUUAACAGGUUUCAGGCAUGUCUUUACUUUGCUGCUAUUUUCCAGGCCAUCUCUUGUGGAAUACAUUACCUGGCCUCGGUUUUCCUAGUUGAGACACCUAAAUUUCUUUGUGACUCUCCUUCAAAUGUCACAGAUGUUCUAUACAGGAAUCACUCAUCGACGUCGCUGGCAGAUAUAUGGACUCAUUACAAGCCAGGUGAUGGACCAGUGGUUGUACAGACAGCUGGAGGAGACCAGUGGGAACUUAGUCCUUGUUUAAAAGCUCUGCGGCUUGAUGCCAUCAAUUUUCAAUAUGAGUUUUUUGGGAACAAGACUGUGGAGUCGUGUGCUGGCUUUGUCUAUGAUCACAGCGAGGUUGAGCAGAGCAUCGUAACAGACUGGGACCUGGUGUGUGAAAAGGAAUGGCUGGCAAAACUUACACAGCCAACUUUUAUGCUGGGUGUUUUGAUUGGAGCAUUGGUGUUUGGAGACGUCGCAGACAGAAUUGGCAGGCGCCCCAUUUUGAUGGCUACCAGCUUGUGCCAGUUUAUUUUUGGGGUCACUGUGGCAUUCACAGGGAAUUACUACCUCUUUGUGUUGAUGCGUUUCCUUCUUGCAAUGGUGUCAAGUGGGUAUUUGGUUGUAGUCUUUGUGUAUGUAACCGAGUUUACAGGAAUUAAGGUGCGCACAUGGACCUCUAUGCAUGUGCAUGCAGCCUUUGCUGUGGGCAUCAUGGUAGUGGCUCUAGUGGGGUACCUCGUUCGUGUCUGGUGGAUCUACCAGAUCAUCCUCACCCUCAGUACCUCUCCAUUCUUGCUCUACUGCUGGAAGUUUCCAGAAACACCCUUCUUCCUAAUGGCUAAAGGCCGGUACACGGAGGCGCAGGAGCUGCUGGACAGUAUGGCUUACUUCAAUGGUCUGCCACCCACCCUUAAGGUGUCAGAGCUGAAGGAUGAAUGUGAUGGAGAACUGCUGAAUGACAAUGAGCAGGAAAAUGGAAGAGCAAUGCUAGUCGAGAAGAGGCUAAGCAUCCUGGAUAUGUUUGGAAGUUUGAAAAUGGCUGGUCGCAGCGCCACAUGCUGGGCUAUCUGGUUCAUUGGAAGCUUGGGAUACUAUGUCUUCAGCCUGGGGUCUGUCAACCUAGGAGGAAAUCAGUAUAUCAAUCUCUUCCUUGCUGGUGCUGUUGAGGUUCCGUCAUACUUGAUUGGCUGCAUUGCAAUGGAUCGGGUUGGCAGGAAGAAGACAUGUGCCCCGGCUCUGCUGCUUGGUGGAGUAGCUUGUAUGCUUAUUAUUGUGGUGCCCCAGGAUAUUGAGAUAUUGGCAAUAGUCCUGAGUAUGACAGGGAAAUUCGCUAUCGCCAUUGCAUUUGGUCUGAUUUACUUGUACACCUGUGAGCUUUACCCAACAAUCAUCAGGUCCCUGGCUGUUGGCAGUGGUAGUAUGAUGUGUCGGGUGGGAAGUGUGGUGGCUCCCUUCUGUGUUUACCUUGCUGACAUCUGGAUCUAUCUGCCUCAGCUCAUUGUGGGAAUUCUGGCCUUCAUCAUUGGGCUCCUGACCAUGUUUCUGCCAGAAACUCUGGGACAGCCCCUCACCUCAACUUUAGAAGAAGCUGAAGCACUAGGAUCCAAGCCCAGCAUGAAGAACGCUGCUGUGGAUGCACAAGAGAUGAACCAAACCAUCAAAGUCUAAAUCCAUAUUAACGUAGGAUUCCUGAAAGUGCCUCUACUGACUAAAACACUACAUACUCCAAUAUACAAGUCUGAAUGAAACAUUAGGUGUUUCUGACAAAUGUGAUGCUAGAUGUGAUGCUGUGUUCUGCGUGUGAGAGUUUGUUAGUGAAAUUUGGAUAAUUAAUUAAAAUGUUUUGGUAUAUUUAAUUGUGAAUAUUUUUAAUAUGUUUUGGAAAAUCUUAAUUUUUACAAAGAGCUUGCAAGCAGGACCUCAUUUAUCUAAACCAUUAAGUAUUAUAUUUUUUGCAUUUCAGCCAAAACCACUUAUUCACAGAAUCUUGCAGUCACACUGGGGAAAUUUCAGCAAAAUUUUGGGUGCAAAAAUUCUAAUUUCUAUUGUCAAUAGUGUAGCAAUGUAUGAAACACAGUUUACACAGAAGCCACUUUCAAACCAAGAUUCUGUGACCAAAUUGAAACCGUUGUGAAAUCUGUGUGGAUUCCUUUUGAAAUUAUUCGAUUUCUCCAGAAAACAUUUGCAGGAGAAGAGUAUGUGAUCCUGGACCACAAAACCAGCCUUAAUUUAGGUAUAUUUGUAGCAAAAGCCAACAGUACAUUGUAUGGGUCAAAAUUAUCUUUUUCUUUUAUGCCAAAAAUCAUUAGGAUAUUAAGUAAAGCUCCUUUUCCAUGUUCCAUUUCCUACCAUAAAAUUCUAAAAUCUUAAUUUCUGAUUAGUAAUGUGCAUUGCUUAGAACUUCAUUUGGACAACUUUAAAGGCGAUUUUCUCAAUGUUUUGAUUUUGUUGCACCCUCAGAUUACUGAUUUUCAAAUUGUUGCAUCUCAGCCAAAUAUUGUCCUCCUAUCUAACAAUGAUGUAUAACUCUCAAUUGUCCCUUAAAAAAUACCCUUAUGACUGGUUAUGUGGUCCUUUAGUUUUAGUGUUUGCUCACUUUACAGUUUUAAAGAUAUAUCUAUGCAUUUCCUCAUUUUAGCAAUAGUUUUUGAAAAUAAAUUUCAUAUAGCAAUGUGAACAUAAUAAUCGAUGCACUAAUGUGCAAUGGACCUUAAACACUAUUUACCUUACCUGACAGUAUUGGCAAGAACAUUGCCUUCAGCUACGCUAGCAGAAGGACACAUUUGUUCAUUAUCAGUUAACGUGUGAUAAGUUUCUAUGCAUGAUUCAUUGAAAGACAGACCUUGUUGUUUGAAGCUGUUUUUUAAUACAACUGCAUCUCAGGGUUUAGCUCCAGAUUUAUCAGUGUUGUUCAUAGUAAACUGUGACUCUACUUUAGAAUACUUCAGAACUUCUUUAUUCUGGGAGCUUUUGUAUUGUUUUGUUAUUUAAUAUUUCAUUAUUUUUAUCUUAUUGUCCUGUAUUUGACCUCAUUUUGCAUGAUAUGAGGAAUGUAAUGCAGAUGAGUUAAAAAUAGUAUUUUUGUAAUACAGCUAUUUUUCUCUUCAUAGACUUCAAAAUCAGUGCAUUUACAAUUUUCCUCAAGCUUAUGAAUGUAUUGUGUGUUUUUGGACCAAAGAAGCAGGGAUAGUUGAUUAUUGCUGUAGUCGUGUGCAGUUGUCAUAGCAACAUGUUUGUCUAAAGAAUGUAUUAAUAAAUAUGACAUUGUGUCUAAAUUAGA